AUGAGGACAAGCGUCCAGACAGGGACAGCUCGGGUCGGAAGUUACACAAACGCACAAAGUCAGCCAUCUGGCGCAAGUUCUCAAUCAUCGCCGGCUGGGUCAAGCACGAACGGGACAUCUGCCCCAGCUGCUUCUAACUCUACAGCAACACCACCGGCUCGAAGCGAAUCCUACAACGCAACAAGGGUAGCCGCUCUUCUCAAAGCACUGGUGGCUCCAUCUGCUCCUCUCCUGCCCUACGCUGUGGUUGAUCCAAUUCCGUAUGGAGCUGCCCGGCUUCCAGGCCAACAGGCACCAGUGGAGCUGGUAGGUCCGCGUCAACAAACAGUACCAGCGCCCGCAAACAGUCUUACAAAGCUGGGACGUGCUCUGUUAUCGGGGUACGUUCAAAGCUCUCCACCGAAGGCAAAACCACCCGUAGCAGCACCACCGGCUUACAAUCCGAGCUACCCCACCUCAAAAGGCCUGGGAGCUAAUAUGAUCAACACCCCUCAACAAUCAAGCUUGUAUGGUCCUCUCGGCAGCGUUGCUGUCCCUGGAAAUCAACUCAACACCAUCAACCCCAGCAGACUUGCCCAGCUCCGCUCCCUGUCUGCAUCUCAGCUCCAACAAACCAUCAUGAUGAAGCUGAUUGACGUUGGGGCCAAGAUUAAGGCCGCUAGGUCGCUGGACUGCAAGACCGUGGCUUCUCUGAAGGGACGGCGGGGACGUACCUCCCGCUCCAUGAGCUGCGAUGACGACACCUGCCCCGUCUCCAUGUCCUGCAAGACGGUGUUUCACGUUGCCUUCUGCUGCCCCCAGGGAGUGACAUACAGGAUGAUCCAGAGAGAAGCCCAGAACGAAAUAACGAACAUCUUGUAUGACAACUAG